AAACAAAUAACUAAAAGAUAUACUGGAGAUCUGAUCGUGUUUUAAUAUAUUUGCAUCUCUGUUUAUUGUAAGCGAAUGAUGAAGUGCUUUCAACGAAAGGGUGGCUGAGAGGGCGUCGAACGGAAUAUAAAUAAGGUAGGUAAUAUCAUCGCGAUCCUCGAAUUGUUUUGAUGCUUCUAAAGAGGCAGUUAAUUAACAGAAGUUGAUUCGUCGCGUCGAGAACAGCGUCUUCGAGCCUCGCCACCAAUUACCAACCUGAAUCUCUUGAACAAUACAACCGGGGAAGUGCGUAAUCGUGGCAAACCAUGAGACAUAUCAGGCCAGACGGAGUAAAUACGAACGCGUUUGGAGAGUACGAAAACGUUAAUCCACUAAUCGAGCCGACCAAAUACAGUGUAACCGAUCGUUGUUUGCGAAAUCGUCCGCCUCGAAAUGCUUCAUAAACAAGCGUUUCUCUUCUUUCUGAAUUUUUCCUCGAACAUAUACACACAUCUAUCAUGAAAAAGAGAGGCAAAUACAUGGCAAAACGCAAUAGCAUCGCGUGUCGUUGAACCUUGAAGUAGCAACGAAUAGCCUGAUGAAUCAACGAUAACUUUGAUUCGUUGUUUAACCCUGCUACUACUCAAUUCUCGAUUUUUACAUUACGAGCAUUUACAUUCACUCUUGUUUCAAUAAACAAAAGUUCUUUCAACGUUUCAAGAACAAUGUUACUAUAAAAUUGAGGCGAUAUAUUAUGCUAUCGACAAACACUCUGUCGUAUUUUUCUCAAAGUCAAAGGAUAGAUGGGUACUUUUAAUAAUACAAAAACACGAUUGGCUCGUGUAUCAUCCAAAGUAUAUGCUGCAGAGUUAACAAUACGAUACUUGCCAGUCCCGUUUCAUCCGUCCUAUCGGUUACGUAACGAUCAGCCAAGCAUCAACUAUCAUCCGGUACUUUAUCGCCUGUUUCGCGCUUCCUAUAUCCCCUAGCCAAAGAACGUCUUGGCUGAUCACGAGGCAAUUAACGAGCUGUAGCAGCGAACAGGUAGACGAUUCGAGCCACGGACACGCGUGUGACACUGUUAACAUCUCGCGUGGGUCAAGUCCGAGUAGUAGCCGAAGAAGUGGCUGUCUAAAAAUAUAUCGCGUUUCCGUUGCCGAGUUGGCGAAGAACACAGCCAACCCACACGGGCGUAAAGAGAAGGGAGAGACAGAAAAGAGAGGAGAGACAGCCAGGCAGGCAAGCAGGCAGGCAGGCAGCGACAAGGCAGCGUUAAAAGGACGUUACACGGUGUGCGGCUAGUCUAGCCGGAUCCGGGGCCGAGUUCAUUUCACUUUGCAGUCAUCAGGUUCUCCUGAGUCACUCGAGCCAGCGAGUCGGCCAACCAGACAGGUUGCUACCUGCCCUCCAACGUUUCGUACGGCAGUGUGCGUGCUAUUCGAGUUUGUGAACGUGUGCGUUUCCUUUGGCACACGGCUGCAAGAAUUCAUCGAUGCCACCGGCCGAUCAGGACCGGUCGUUCGACCGACCGGGCACUAGAAAAUUGCAACCGUGACGACACGACGCGAAACGAAACGACACGAACCAACGAGACGAGACACGACACGACACGAAGCGACGAGGCGACGAAGCAGCGCUCCUUGUUCGCCGACGCCAUAAGAGAAAUUAAGAGUCAGCUGUGUAGCCGGUGUGAAUCAGCUGACCGAGAUGACUCGGAAUGUUACCGUGUUCGGAAAGUGGAUCGCCGAAGGAUCGGUUCGUCUCGAUAUCCCCCUCCUUCCCCGACGUACUUCCUUGUCAUUCGAAACUGCCUAAAGACACGGGCUGUACCGUGGAGAAUCUUCAAGGAGAACCGACCGAGUUUCCUUUGGCUUCUGUUUACCGGUUUCGAGAUAAACAUUCACUCUACUCCGCACAGAAGUUUCGGGAAGUUACGUAAUUAUAGCGUCAUGCGCCGUAAUUGCCAGAGGUAAAUCGAAGAGAGUUCUCGUAUAACAGCUUUGUCGAAUGGAAGAAAAUAUGAAAUGAAAAACAUGUAUAUACAGCGAGUGUCCCAUAACAUAUAUAGGAUCUACUUCGACAAUUGAUUAUACAUCUGAAAAAUAGGAUGUAUAUUUACAUGUCGCGUUUGUACAUUAACGUGUACAGUAAUAUGUAUAUUAAUAAAAUUAAGAAAUUAAGAAAAAGAGAAGCCGAUCAGUUUGGCUCUUCAGAAUAUAUCGUAUUAUUGUCAAAAGAAAGAUACGCAUUCUAAUCUCAAGCCCGAAUCAAACUCUUUGUGCUUCUAACGCGAAAAGUAAAGGCGGCAGGGUGUGGAUUUAGGCAAAUGUCGCACCCUCGGGAGCGAUCGAUCAAUUUUUCGAGAACACGACCGUGGGAACAACAGGAACGAUCGACCCCCUCAGGUAUAACCGGAAGGUCGGUUUUACGUACACCGCUCUGUAGUCUACAGUUUGGAAUUUCGUACUUCCUGUCCCCGAACGAGCACCAAGGUUCCGGCCAAAUAAAGGACAACCAGCUUGUUCAACGAACGCGAGAAGCCUAUUUGAAACGCUUCGUACGAACUCUCGUUCGACCGGUUUCACAUCGACGUUUCGUGAACCAAGGAAAAUGGAGUAUCGUAACGAGCAAUUAAUGCGAUACGCGUUCACUAGAAAAAUUAAAAAUAAGAAUCGAGGCUAAAUGAUUUGUUCGUAGGAACGUGUGUAUAUACAAAUAUAUGGGUCAAAUCAUAACUAAAAAUUAUGGAAGAUACAGGAAACUUUCAUUAGUCAAAAUUAAAUGGAUUCGAAUAACGCAGCACGUAGCGUAUUACGUCUAAGAUAUAUGAUACACAAUAUGAUAGAUAUAAGAUAUAAUGGGAGAGAUAUUUCAAAGGUUUUAAGGUCACUACUACGAUAUACUUUUAAAUAGGUCUGGAUGUUCUAACUUUAGAUAUUUUAAUUUUAGUUUAACUUAAUUCUGUAAGGUAUAAUAAACGAAGAGAGAUAAAGGUAAAUCACGUUUUCCAUUCUUUGUACAAGAGCAGUUGGGAAAUUCAAUACACCUACGUUGUCGAAUAAUUCCACCGUCGUCAUAACUUUAAAAAUAUUACUCGUCAUAAUAUUAAGAUAUUGUGCGUCUCAGCGGUUAUAUCUUUGGCUUCUACAAAACUUCAUCAACUACGUCGUUAAAUCCAACAGAUUCUUUCCACCCUUAGCUACGUACUUUAUACAUUAAGAUAAUUCUUUUUUGUCAAGAAGAGCGACAUUCUUGUAAUCUUCGUAUAAUUAAGCUCGAUGUUUUUCCUACCUUUUGUACGAUAAAUUUUACAAAAUUAAUGUCAAAGUAUCUUUUAACCUGAUUCGUUCUCCAACAUACAUACCUUUCUUUCAUCUUGACAAAACAAUAAGUUACUUUAUUUGAAUCUUAUCUCAUCUAUGCAACUUAUUAUUGCAACAAAUUAUUUCUCUGCUCGACCCUUGCUGGAUUAAUCCAAAUGCAAGGGAUAUCCUGUAUAACGGUCCGUCGAUUAGAGUGCAUUCUAUAUAAUAAUUGUGAUAAAAUUGGCAAACAAAGUUUCCAAGAAGAAGUUAAGAAACGAUAGCAGCUCGUUCGACUUUGCUAAGAUUUCGAAAGCUUGUCGAGAUAUACACCGCGAUCGCUUCAACGGCUUUACACCGCAAUGACGUCAGUGCAUCAGCUGAUCGAGUUUUCCAACAGCGGUAUAUUAUUACGACGAAAAGAAAGAAACAAGUUUCGUCGGGUCGUGCGCUUCUGUAAGUUCAGAGGUAGAGAGUGAUUACCACGGCUGUACGACUGUUACGACACGUAUAACACGAACACACAUGCGGAGCCCGCAAAUAACUGCCGUUAUAGCUGGCUCUCGUUUCUCCGACACGCCGAAAGCGGAAAUCAAUUCAACGGUCGUGUUAAAGAGAACCACAUGGCGCCUGAAAAAAGUAAUAGGACUUCCUAUUCUAAACGGACCGAAUCUUCAAGAAACUGUAAACGUUCUCCGAUAACAACAGAAACCAAAAGUAUUCCUUUUAUGAGUAUCUAUCAACGUCGCUCAUAUUUUCGUAAUGUUACGCGAGAACGAUAGAAUUCGUAUGGAUAACGAGUGAAUGAGAAGAAUGUUUAUGUUAGAAUAUUAACAACGAGUGAAGAGAUAUUUGGAGAAGACACGUGGGAAGAAUGUAUUUUGUGCAUGCGAAAGCACGCUUAAGCUCUUUAGAUAUGAAUUUUUCUUUCAUCAACGAAGACGUUAAUAUAACAGGUUUUGCACGUAUCUGGUGGAAAGUUUGAAUAAGAUUUCGUACAAUUUAAAUAUAUCUAUCAAGAUAAUAAUAUAAUAAUACGGGUGGAGGAUUCUCAACUUUUUUCUAACAUCGAAAUAGACAUGAAAAUAUUUCUGUACCGCUAAGAAAAACCGUGUCUCGUACGUAGGAAUUUAAGACUAUACAUUUAAUUAGGUUACUGUCAUAUGAUCUCUAGCAUCGGUUACUCAGAAUUGAGACGAUCGCACACGUUAACAUUGACAAUACUCGAACUAUCGGAUGAUGAAAUUGUUAUAGUACCUAUAUAUUGCACAAAUUAUCCACGUACCAUUGGUUGAGAACUACCAAUACAGAUCAUAUGUCAAGCAAAAUAGUAAUAAAGCAGUGCAGUAUAUGAAAAAAGCUAGACAUUCUUAGAACGAUGUAUAAACCUACUUAUAAUAGAAGAACGAUCCUAUGUCCCAAUAUAUAAUAGGUAUAUCUCAUCGAAAGUAACAUCAAAAAAGUUAUAUAACCAUCGAGCAGUCUUUCUAAAAGUAAAGCACCUUGGGAUAUAGCUAUAGUUCCGUUAGUUUCGAAAGGAUUAAAGAUUGCAGAGAAAACUAGCAGAGAGUUACAAAGCUAUUAGAAUCAGCGCGAAGCAUCAUAAUCGAUUAUACACAUAUUUAUUCAUUUAAGUGUGUACUUCACCAAGAAUCGCUUUUCAUAUUAACCAACAUCGAAAACGUCACAGGCUAAGAUCACUAGCGAAUACAGCAGGGCCGAGCGUUAACAGAAAUUUCUUUCCUGUCGCGCAUCGCCUCUUGAAUCAAUAAACGCCAUUCUCGACGAGUUAUUCCACGCGAACAGUCCACUGAGCGAUGUGGAAGCCAAUGCGGCAGAAUAUACAUCGCGGAAGAUAGCUCGAGGCAGUGUGCACGUUCUCGCGAACAACCGCAAGCCAGUUUCCCUGGUCGUAGCAUAGGCAAUACGCUUCUGGAUCACUUUGGAAAGCAAUUUACCGCGGCGUACACAACCGAUACGCCUGUUGGCCGAACUCUGCACGGGCCACGCGAUACGAGAAACGCCAGCGAAGGCACAAUGACCACAUCGUAGACCAAUCAGAUCCCUCGCUAAGUGCAUUUACAGCUUGUCCAUACCGACGAACUACGGCACUGGCUGCUAAAGCAAGAUGAUAAACUGAUAAUCGUUGUAUAAGGGACAGGAGAGAACACGCCAACUACGCCACGUGGCAUAUGUUUUUUUUAAGACGGUCGUUCUUGCGUGUAAUAACAACUAGACUGCGGACUUUUCAUGUAUUUAUUAUUUCGAGUAUAUACAAAACUAUAUAAAAUAUAUAAACUAUAUAUAAUAUACAAAAUUAUAUAAAGUAUGCUUAAAGUAUAUAGAAUUAGUUAAAACGUCUUUCUUAUCUAUUAUCUAGCGUUUUUUCGUUUUCCCAAACGCGUUGAAAUAUUUCAAGUUACUCGUAUACUUUGUAUCUUUCGUGUAAAAUUACGUAAUAAAAGCUGUUAUCAAAUAAUAAUUAAAUAUUUUUUAUUGAACAGGGAAAGCGAUAAAACUUCGGUUUUCUUCAGUUUCGAAUCGGUAGAUAGGACAUUUUAACCAGAAAGGACAUCGUAGUACUCGUUGUAAUAUUUAGUACAUGAAACAAAACUCUGUCUUAGACGUGUAAAAAUUCGCGUUCGCAUAAAUGUUCGUAUAAUAUAGUGAUAAAAGAAAAGAAAACAGAGAGGUGGCUGGAGAUCUUAUAAUCAUUGGAAAAUCAGUUACGUAAAUUGCUGAUAGGAUGAUCGUACCCUAACGAUAUAAGUGUUUGUCGUAUAACUGAUAAAACGUAGUCGAGUUUCGCACUUCCUUUUUGAUACACGUUCUACGCUUGAAGAUUAAAAACCGUUGUCUCAUUGAGUAGAUUACAAAUCUCUUUCUUUCACGAAUAAAUCAAUUACUGAGAAAUUAGAAGGAUACAAUCGGCGUGGAGGAUUAUUUCAGUGAGAUUAUGACGAUAGACGAUAAAAAGAGUCAAAGGUGUAGUUAAUUGUUCUGCGAAUUCGAAACAUCGGACUGGAGAAUAAUUAUCGUUGGGAAAGAAAAAAAACAAAUGAUCGGUAAAAGUAAUCGGUAUUCGAUAAGAUCGAAUACUGUAUCGAUGUUGGCCAAUCUAUCGUUCCAGCUAGUUACGUUUUCGUUGAUAGAUUUUCAAAUAAACUCGUAUAACGAAUGGAUAUAAGAUAUGAGAAGUGGUAGACUCGUCCUUUUAAAUUGCGUUAAAUCUUGUGCGAAGGAGCACGAUAUAGCUUUUCAUAAAUACACGUAGUGCUAGCCAAUUAAUCUUUAUCGAGAAUUGCAUCGCGAUAAAGCAAUCUGGUUCUUCGAAGAACGAUAUGAUCGAACAUCAUUCGAUGCGUCGAGUAUCCGACAGGUAGCAGUGGAAUUAACAAAUUUUUGGUUUCGCCAAAAGAAUUUUAACGACGACGUGAUAAUCACAACGGCAAACUUUUUAUGGUCACGCGACUGUAUCGUGCUUAUUAGCUAACUUUGUUCCUGCUCGAAUGAAACGGGCAACGAACUAAUCUCCGAAGAAUACCCGAUGGUUCGAUGCAUCAAUGGAAGGCGGAACAUGCAACGCUGAAUUCAAAGUACGAAUCUACAAUUACUAUCAAUGAAGUAGAGGAAAACCUGAUGGCGUGCUCCUCGGCACGACCAUUGCAUUAAGAUAAUGGACGAUAUCGUUCGUCAACCGUUUGUGAUUUAAGUACGACGGAGCGAGAUUAAUUUCGCAAAAAAUGUAUUGACACAUCCGAGAACUAUAUAAGAAUUCUAACGCAAAACAAGUGACAAGUUUCUGCGAUUAAGGCAAAGACGAAGACUUCUGAUAAUUUGCAUUUAGUUUGCAUUUAGUUAUUAUUUAUUGUAUUCGUCUUUCACUUGUAAACAAAGUGUAAAGUUAAGAAGAGAAAAUUAAAACAGAGAUAGAGAAGAACAGCUACACCGAAAAAUAGAGCUACUGCCGGUAUAAAUCGAACGAUCGCUAUGUGACGGCGCGAUUGUUAGACACGUUCGAUAAUAUCGACGGGAAAGGAACGCUUCACACUUCGAUGACUUAAUCGGACGAUGAAUGUCCGCGAAUAAUACCGACGGUAUUAAUGUACCUUUAUCGCUACCUAUGAAAUCAGUGAAAUGUAAAGCAACGCCGACUCCAGACGGUUAACCCGAUCGAUGCAAUUGACGAUUUUACGAUACUGCAAAAUAUCUUCUGGUAUAAUGGCAUUAUUCAGAACGCUAGAACGAAAAGCCUUUUCAAUCGGCCAAGUACAUAGAUCCUAAGACGAAUCGACUAAGGAAUCAAGCGGAGACUCGACUUUGCGAACUCGGUAUUCGCGUCUGCGAGGACGAUGAUACUUUCCUCGGGACGUUAUUAAGGUCACCGUUUGAAUCCGUACAAGACUAUAAAUUAUGGAAGUUCUAAAUCACGGAUUAUUUAUAUCGGCCACUUGGCCCGUGCACAAAUCGAUACGAAGUUUCACCAGCGGAAGGGAAACGAAUCGGAAUGUCAGACCCUGGCAAAAAAAGCGUCGACGACAAACACACAGGGAACGCGUAGUUACGAUGCGUUCGGUAAAGUGCAGCCGUCGAACGAGAACGCAACCACGCGACAAACGCUUUAAUAUUAAGAAUGAGUCAUACGCCUUCGACAAGCAUCGUUUUAAAUGUAACCGAACCGACCCGAACCGAACCGAACAUGCUUAUAUACUAGCGCUAACUUAUCAAAAGAUAAUGUCGCUAAAUCGUUACUAUAGCGUGUUUACGAAUUUGAUUGAUAACAAUCACGAUCGCUUUUUUAAUGCUUAAAUAUCGGUAACCAAUACGUUCGACGUCAUUCUAUUAUCAUAUUACCAUACGUGUAUAGAUACUGUAAUCGUCGUCGAUCAUUCAUGAAUCAACUCUAAUUUCUUCGUAAAUUACCUACUGGGUUAUAAGGCAAAAUCAUGUACGUUAAUACCGCUUUUGUAAACAGUGGAAAAAUACGGAGUGUGAUUGAAACGGUGAAUGAAGUUCUAUUUCAAACCAGCUACGCUUGCACUUUUUUGAGUCCGUUCAACUAAUUUCACGAUAUAAUUUAUUCGAAACUAUCUCAUUUCCCAUAUUAUCAGCUGAUCGGUCAGAAAAAAAGAAGAAAGAAGCUACUGAUUCCCAAGAGGAGGAUCGAAUAACGCCAACGAGACGCACAAAUGAUUUUUUCAGAAGGGAGAACUACUGAAAACCGGAAUCUUCGGACAGUAAUAACCGCAACAAGAGACCGAGCAAGCAAUCGAGUACAAGGCGAGGGACUUGAGGGAACCAUCCAGGCAGAAGAACUAAAUGGGGAAUUCACACGCGGCUGAUCUUUCAGGGAUGAAUCACAGGAAGAGCCUAAAAUUUUUCAGCCCCGAUAACACUCACACAUUGUGUUCUCGAUACAAGAUACAUAUACUUGUGGGACACGUUUCGAAAUUACAGUGUUACUCGGGGAAAGGCGCGCUAACAAGAAGCUCAUCGUGCGUCUAUAGAAAAAUAAUAUCUUCGAAUAGGCGACUAUUCGCUAAUUCGUAACGUCGACGAAGGAUCGUUUGCUCUAAACAUUCUUGUCUAUUCGCGAUGUCGCGUCAGCGGUUCUCGAAUGCAGGCUUCGACCAUUUCACACGAUUACACGGUAUGCUUGAAUCAUACUUUGUAACGAAACCUUACAACGUGCGCUCUAUUUUUCCUUUCUUUCCCUCUUCUAUUCUCGUAAGAACACGAGCAAAGCAAUUCCUGAAAAUCACCUACUAACUUCUAACGUUGGAAAUUCAUAGUUCGAGUCCUUGUCACGAGAAAUCCACGAUGUUUCGUAACAAACGAAUAAUAUUACUUUAGUUAGUUACGUUAGUUUAACUUAUUUAGCGUUAGUCUAUAUAUAGAUACGUAUAAGUAACGUUAUUAAAUAUUUUAUAAACGACAAGAAUUUAAUUCCCAAAUCGAGUGAAAAGACAAGUUUAACGUGAAAUUGAUCGACAACGUAUAUCGAAUUCUUAAAUUGCUCUUGCAUAGAGAACGAGAAACGUGACUUAUCAAGUUCUUCAUCUAUGGCCUUCAUAUUCAAAAGUGAACUAUGAAUUUAUAGCACGUCGCAAAAGGUGAUUUGACUUUGAUUGUUUCGAAUUGCUUUCUGUUGUGCUUUACUCGAGUUACUAGAAAUCGCAGCCACCGCCUGAUCGUAGCAGUUCCCUUAAUUAUAAAAACGACUCGUAAAUUGAAGUUUCAUAUUGGUAUCUUUAAGAGAUAUCGAAGCAACGCACGAAACUUAAACGAUACGAUGGAAUUGUAAAUUCCAUAUACAUCGAAUAACUGUACGCGAUACGGCGAUAAGGCCAGCGCAAGGGACCACUUCCAGCUGAACAAUUUCAGCUGAUAGUGCGUAAACACGUCCUAAUGCGACGCAUAAGGAGACGGUUAUUUGUCGGAGCGCUUAGUGAUUUCCGAAAGACAACGGGAAAAGAGUCACGGAAGACGCCCUUUUGUCUCUGUUCCCUGAACACGUAAUAUCCCCUUUGAAGUUUCGAGAAGCGUAUACUUUGAUGACACAGACCCUAUUCCUUUUGCAAUAUUUACACAGUUAAUAUCGUCUAAGGUUUAUAGGCGUAAGCCACAUCUUUUAUCGAUCGGAUAUCGAGACACAAGCAGUAAAUAGAUUUAUUUAUCUAAAUUACAUUUAUAUCUACCACGACUCGUGAAAAUAUUUGAACAUUUCCACGCAUGAACUCUGCACGCAUCGCAUACAACAUUUUCGAAUGUGAAAUAAUCUGAAAAUGUAUAUAAGAAGUUACGAUAUAUUUAUUGCGAAUGUGUAUAUGUUUAGCAAAAACUUAUAUUAAUAUCUUAAACAUAUAAUAAGUAUGGAAGAUGACCUCACUGAUUAUCGAGAUUUAUUAAUAUACUAGAUAAUUGACUGUUUAAAUAUUUUUCUUACGCCAAAUAUCUUACAAUUUUUAUAUUACAUUCCCAGAUUUGUUUCCAGCUUUACCAAUAUAAUCACGAUAGUCGGGUCUCAUAAGAGUGCUAAUGAAAUUUCAAAAUGUUUUGUACGAUACAUAUAACAAUUUGUACGUAUAUCAUAAAAAAGACUUCUACAAGUGUUCGAACUGUCGUAUAUACAAGUGAACAAUGUCGAACAAGUGAACUGUCGUAUAUAUUACGAUAGUUCAUAAAGUACAUGUAAGAAAAAUAGAAAGUGCACAACGUUCUUAUCGAUCUGAAACUCUAAUCAGAAUUAAUAGAUAGCAAAGAAGCAAAGAAGAGUACAUUUUCGCAUGAUGAAUCACGAUUUUAAUUAUUGUUCGUGCGAUCCUAUUGGAUUUCAACACCGAUCCUCGAAGUUCAAUAUUCCUAAUCUCCCAAGAUAGUAGCUUAGAGGUUUACCUAAUUCGUUCUCUUUGAAAACACGAAGCUUUGUACCAGCCACGGCUAGGUCUGUUUCCAUUAGAGCAAAGGAUAUUCGAUUUGCCCGUAGAAUUUGUGGAACACUCGAUUCCUUCCACUUUUUAAACACAAUCCUCUUUUCAAUUCAAAACUCGCCAAUCAUAUACAUAACAUGUUCCAAAAAAAGAAGAUCUAUCAUUUUGUGACUUUAUAAUUGAUACAAUAUUUAGUGGAUGAAACAAAUGUCUACCUAGGUUUCAUUUCUUUAACACGUUGAAUGCCAUGGGGGUCACCUAUGACCGGCGCACCAAGUUUAGUAGAAAUACAUAAUUUGAACAAAUGUCAAUAGUUAUAAAUUUGUUAUUAUUACUCGUCACUCAUAUACAUAACAUGCUCCAAAAAAAGAAGAUCUAUCAUUUUGUGACUAUAAUUGAUACAAUAUUUAGUGGAUGAAACAAAUGUCUACCUAGGUUUCAUUUCUUUAACACGUUGAAUGCCAUGGGGGUCACCUAUGACCGGCACAUCAAGAUUAGUAGAAAUACAUAAUUUGAACAAAUGUCAAUAUUUAUAAAUUUGUUAUUAUUACCGUCGUUACUACAAUGGCGAGACGAAAUUAAUGCAAUAUAAAACAUAUAAAAAUAAUUUUAUUUAUACAUGAAAUAUAGAUCCAUUAUGUGCGCCCCUCACCAGUGGCUGUCGAACAUGGGAAAAACCCUCUUCUUCCGUGCUUUAUCUUAAUGAGCAAUAACCCUAAAAAACCUUUCGACCUGAAAGAUGUUUGAUGGCAAUUAAGGGCCUUGGCAGUAAAAUAGAAGUUGUUAAAUAUUGUAAUGGUUCUUUAGGAUUAUUGCGGGUCCGAAUAAGUAUGAAGGAUUAUAGUGUAUGGUAGGUCCCGGAACGUAGCAACAUAGAACAAUUAUUUAUCAACAUGAAGAAACAAUAUGAGAUAAUUGAUAAUCGCAAAAAAUAAAUGAAUCGAGCGAAAUUGCAUUACAGCGCCAUGGGGGUCACAUCAGUUAAAUAAAUUCAUUAAUGAUGAUUAUACACCGUAACAUAUCUGUUGUAGGUAAUAUUCCAACACUAUAUGUGUCGCAUAAUAAAAAAUUCAUCGUGGCGCCACGGCCAAAUCUUGUAAAACUGGCAUGGCAUUCAACGUGUUAAUUGUGUCCGUACAAAUGUAGAUUUACAUAAACAUCCGCGAUAUACAGAAUAAUAUUAACAGCUACUGCCUCUUUGUAUAUAAUUAUUCACGCGAGAUCCGAAUCAAAUCUAAUUCUCAAAAUUCGUUCGCUAUAUCAUUUACCAAAUAUGUAUUUGAUCUUCGCAAGUGGGUUUCAAAUCGCAGAACAAGUAGUCGCAAGUUUGGGAAAUCUACUUCUAACUAUGUACGUACUACGACAUUUGAACGAGUGGAACGCCCUAGAAAUUACAAUCGAAUCGCAUGAGUCAGAAAGGUAUUAGCAUUCAGUUGAAUUCUUCUAGCAAAUUUCGAAAAGUCAGAUAAAGCAGGAUUCCUAUAAAUUCUAUUUUUACAUUUGCGUUCGUCACUGGGUAAUUAAAAACCAUAACCGUGAAAAGGAUUCCAACGGAUAAUAGGGAAUAUGUAACAAAACUCUCGAACCUAUUUGACCUGUACACACGCGUAGGUACAUUCCUUUUUCGUUUCCCAAAAUACUCCUAAAAAAUUUAAGGUUUAGGUUCUAAUUUACUUGAAAGUAUCGCUUCUUUCUUCGUUUCAAGAUAUUUAUAGAAUCUUCGAAUUUGAUUCGACCGAUCGAUUUAAUUCAACUGGGUAAAUUUUCGAACCCGCUUGCCACGUAUUUCAGUCCAUCACUAGCGGUAGCUAUCGUGAAUGCGUGCGAAACGAAAGACAAUGAGCAAAAAGUUUAUACAAGUUGUUGGAGUUGCAAGCAUCGCGACGCACACUUGGCUCGUCGCGAGGUUAUACAUAAAACAUUUGUACCUGGUAAAAUUCAAUGUUUAUCGAAGGAGCUCGUUUAACCCGAGUCACGUGGCGGAAUAGCAAACAAAUCGACGAGUCGAUUGUUUAACUUCGCACCAUCGAUAAUACUCGAUAUUUUUUCAUAGUUAAAAGCGUGCGAAGAUGCAUAUGCGCAUGGUACGUUAAUUGGUAUGUUAAAGUUCGACCGUUUCGCGGAACGUGCGAGCCGAGCACGUAAUAAAAUCACCAGGGAGGCCAUGGCGGACAUAAACAUCUUUAUAUUCGAUGCACACUCUCUUUUAGCAUAGAUAAAAGAUAUAAAUUUAUCGUCGGAGAAUUACGUCACGCAGUAAGACCUGAACUUCGGACGAUACCGAUGCAAGUCGAAAUGCUGAAAUACAUUGUCAUUGUUGUUAACGCGUUCGCGAUAAUUUUACGAAAAUAAAGUAUUGUAUAGAAGAUGGCAAGUCCGCGCGAUUGAGACAAAAAUUUGGUGAAUUUACUUUCGAACGUCAUGUUUCAUAUUAUUUGUUAUUUUUCAUUCGCACAAGUGGGAAUAUUUGUGUUUUCGUUGGAAUCUUUGGAAUUAGCAAAUUCUGAUGUUCGAGUUGUACUGAAUAUAAAAGAAGGCAAAGGUUUUGAACAAAUUCUGCUACCUACAUUAAUUGUUGCAACUCUAAAUGGACAUUCCUUGGAAACUGAUAUAAUAGAACCAAAUUCAAAUCCUGAAUAUGAUCAUGAUUUGGUUUGGGAAGUAGAUAAAAACAGACUACGAAAGAUGAGGUCAGGACAAGUUCCAUUAAAAAUAGAAUGCUUUGCUGUUAAAAGUAAUGAUAUCAAAGAAAAAUUAGGAUAUCUUCUACUUAGUUUAAGAUCUGCCCAAGUUUUUGCUAAAAGUGGUAUUGAUAAUGUAAAAGCUAAUUGGCAUAAACUAUCAGGAUUAAAAAGUGAACUCAAAAUACAUAAACCUGAGUUACUUCUUGCUUUAAGUAUCCACGAUCUAGAAGCUACAUCAGUAAAUGCUCAAUUAGAGUUAAAAAAUUUGGCAGAAUGUCAGCAAGCAAAUGUUCAAUCUAAUAAAGUAACACCAAUUUUGUUACGUGAUGAACGUCUUAUACAAUUAGGUCCAUUAGAUAUUUGUCAUGAAUUCUUUUUAAUGAAUAUCACUGCUAUAUCUGCAGCAUAUGUAGAUUCUUUGCUACCAAUGAGAUAUUAUACAGAUAUGAAAAACAAUUUAUAUUUUUGGUGUAAGAUAUUAGAAAAUGAUGUAUAUUUUAAUCAAAGUAAAAAAGAGUAUGGAGAUAUUUGGACACUUAAUGAAAAAAUUGUUAUAAGGAUCAGAAGUUCAUUAAAAGUUUUCAAAGAAUAUUUACAACUAAAGCCAUUUCUGUUCAUAUAUUUAAAAUAUAAAGAUCAUAUAUUAGGUCAGUCGGAAGUAAAUUUGCAACCAUUAAUCCCUACUGAUAAUAUUGAAGAAUUUCUUAAAAUGACUGAAAAUAAUAGUAGUAUUUUAAAUCAGCGGUGUUGUUUAUGUAAAGCAGAUUUCAAUGAAAAUAAUAAAAUAGAAUGUAGAGAUUCAUAUCUCGAUUUACAGCUAAAAUUGCAAUAUGUAGGUAAAACAAGUGUAGCAAUGGAUACUUCAAAUGCAAUGAUCAAUGAUUUCAUCACUUCUAAUUCUGCGGAAUUAAAGAAUAUCAUAAGACAAGUAAAUUAUAGUGAAAUAGACUGUCAUAGAAAUCCUGCUGGUGAUUUUAGAAAAUAUGGAAUUCAAAUUUUCAAUCCCUCAAAUGGAUGCAAUAAUAUAAAUAAACAUACUCUAAAUUGUGAUCUUGUAAGAGAUCAACCUGUUAAAGCUACUUAUUCACAUUCAGUUGACACACUGCUAUGUCAAUCUAAUAUCGAUAAUUCCUCUAAAAGUGUAGAGGCUUAUCACUGUUAUUAUUUAAAUAUUUUGUUGAUAGCAAUGAAGGCAAUAUCUUCAAAAUUAAUUAUUCCAAAUAUGGAAAUUCGGUUCCAUCAUCCAAAAACUGAAGUUACUUCAGAAUUUCAUCCAAAAAUACUAGCUUCAUUAGGAGAAAAAGUAAAAUUACAAAAUAUAGGGUGCAAAUUACAAUUUAUAUCAACAACAGAUGAAAUAAAACAAUUAUUGCUAAAUUUCCCACCAAAAAUUAGUAUAUAUAAAGUGGAAGGAAGCACUAAGACUUGUAUAUCUGAAAGUAGAAUUAAUACAAAAGAAUUAUUUUGUCAAAAUAAGAUGGAGUACCAAUAUAAUAUACCAUUGUAUGAUAUAGAACAUAAUAAUAUUGGCAACUUGGAUGUUAUGCUAAAUUUACAAGAUUAUGGUCCAUAUUAUAGGAUUAAAAAAACCAUUCCUAAUGAAAACUUAGGGCCACCAAUCUUAGAUGAUAGUUUAGCAUAUAAAAUAGUGGAUGAGUUAGAGACUUGGAAAGAACGACAAAUGGAAAUAUUUAAAAUUGAGUUAAAAAGGAAGGAAGAUCGUCAUUUAAAUCUGCUAAGUCAGGAAUGGCAAAAACAUAGAGAAAAUUUAGAAACAAAACUUGCGUGUAGCGUUGAACAAUGUAAAAUGCUAGCAAAUAGUUUAAAUAAUGCUACAGAAGACUUAAGAACACGAAGAUUGAAAAGCCUUGAAAAAGAAACUAGGUUAAUUAAAGCAAAUGAAGAUUUGCAAUGGAGAUAUGAUACAAAAUUACACGAGCUUAAAGAGUCAUUUCAAAUGGUUCAAGAAGAACUUGUGACAAAGAUUGAUGCUCUUGAAAAGAGGAAAACAGCUUUAGAAACACAAACUGAACAAUUAAGUACUGAAAAUGAAAAGUUACAAUUGCUUGUAUCAAAACAGUCUGAAGAGUUGGAAACUUAUCAAAAAGGUUCUUUGACGCAGGAUCAAACAGCAAAUUUAUUGCAAGAGUUAAAGACACUUGAAAAAAAAUUACAAAAUGCACAGGAAAGUAAAUCUUUUUUCAAAGAACAAUGGGCAAAAGCAGUUCGUGAGAUACAUCGUAUGAAAAUGGAACAUCAACAAGCUAUACAAGUUCAAAUUAAAAAUAGUAAAGAAGAAUUACAAAACUUAGACCUAGAAGAAAUAUUAUCUGCAGAUUCUACUGCCUUAACAAAUGAUCAAAUAUUGUUAAAUGAAAUUCAGAAAGAAAUUGAUGUAAUCAAACCAAAAGCAUAUCUCAUUGAAAAAGACGCUUAUUCUCAAGUAUUUACACCAAGUUCUGUAGGCUCUAAAAUUUCGCAAAAUGCUAACAAAGGCAUAUUAAAAAGAUCAGAUGAACAGGAUGAAAGAUUGCAAGCAUUAGUUGAAGAACGUGAUUCUCUUUUAAAAACAGGGAGUUAUACAAUUGACGAUACAGUUAUUAUGAAAUUAAAUAAUGAAAUCAGAUCUUUAAUGAUGAAGUAAUUCUUUUAUAUAAAUUAUACCUUAAAAUAUUUCAAUAUCAUAGUACAAUAUAAAAUACUUUAU